CGUACAAAGUUAAAAGUAGAAAUAAAACUAUGGCAGCCUCUAGAAUUGCCCAAAUUCACUUACACAGACAACCUCUGCAAAACCCUUUCUUCUUCUCACAUCAAAAAUUAUUUCCCCAAAUUUUACAAAGAAAAAAUUCUCAAAAUCACAAGAAAAGAAAUUUCUUCACUACACUUGCAGUAACAAAGUCCGCUGAAAUGGUGAAAGCAAUUAGAGUUCAUGAAAUUGGAGGACCAGAGGUGCUAAAAUGGGAAGAUGUGGAAGUACGAGAGCCAAAAGAUGGCGAGAUCCGUGUGAGAAACAAAGCUAUUGGAAUCAACUUCAUUGAUGUUUAUUUCCGUAAAGGAGUUUAUAAAGCUGCUACAAUGCCUUUUAUUCCUGGUAUGGAAGCAGUUGGGGUGGUAACAGCCGUUGGCCCUGGAUUAACUGGAAGAAAAGUUGGUGAUGUCGUUGCUUAUUGUGGCCAACCAAUGGGCUCGUACGCUGAAGAACAAAUACUUCCUGCUAAUGUGGCAGUGACCGUCCCUCCUUCAAUAGACUCUAAGAUUGCAGCGUCUGUCUUACUUAAGGGGAUGACUGCACAAUUCCUAGUUCGGCGCUGCUUUAAGGUUGAACCAGGACAUACCAUUCUUGUCCAUGCAGCAGCUGGUGGUGUUGGGUCUCUUUUAUGUCAGUGGGGAAAAGCCCUUGGUGCAACUGUUAUUGGAACAGUUUCAACGGAAGAAAAGGCAGCACAUGCUAAGGAGGAUGGAUGUGACCACAUUAUUGUCAGUAAGAAAGAGGACUUCGUUGCUGCCGUCAACGCAAUAACAUCAGGGAAAGGAGUUGAAGUCGUCUAUGAUUCUGUUGGAAAAGAUACUUUCCAGGGAUCAUUAACAUGUUUAAAGACUCGCGGGUACAUGGUGAGCUUUGGCCAAUCGUCCGGGACACCUGAUCCUGUUCCAUUGUCCGACCUAGCUGCGAAGUCCCUGUUCUUAACAAGGCCUUCACUUUUCCAGUACAACACAACUCGAGAUGAGCUCCUUGCAGCUGCAGGAGAAGUUUUCGCAAAUAUUGAUGCAGGAGUGCUGCGUGUCCAUGUCAACCACACAUACCCUUUAUCAGAAGCAGCUCAGGCUCAUUCAGAUCUUGAGAGUCGAAAGACAUCAGGCUCUGUGGUGUUGAUACCCGAUGAGUGAUGCCAACGAUGAUGUGAAAGACUAAUAAGCUGUCAGCGGAGAUUAAUGCUAGAACCCUCCCUAUGUCACAGACAAUAUUAGUUAUGAUCAACUUAAAUUGUUGUAUUUACAGUUUCUUUGGUUCCAUAAUCAAUCUUGCAUGUUACCUUUUUGAACAUUUAAAAGUUUAAACUGUUCAGAAUCAGGUGUGGUUCUUCCGGUGUCUGACCAUAA